GGUUCGGAUUCGGCUUCUACUUCUGCUCCGUCUCCUCCUCAGCACUUCUUCGCCAAACGCCAGCUCCCUUCGGCUUUCACCCUGGAGCGACCAAGGCCUGCGGAAGUGCCGGCAAGGGAAUCCGGCUUCGGCUGGAAGUCUCUUGCCUGUGUUGGUGUCGCGGCUGCAGCCGUCGGCGCGGGCCUGGCUUAUGCUUGGCUUUCUUUUGCGACAUAGUCUUUCUUUUCGGUCGGUCGGUCGGUUUUCGGUUCGGUGGUAUAUAGUGAGGCGGUUUUGCAGUGCCCAUGUGUUUGUUGUGUUUUGGAUAUCCCUUCUUUCUUUUUCUUGUAUAAGUUGUCGCGGAUAACUGGAUGUUUCUUGUAAACUGUUUCGCUCGUUCGCAUCCUCUCUUUCAUCGCUCUAUUCCCUCUUACCCCCUUGCCUUAGUCGUCAUCCCUUUUCGUUCCCCCCUCUCUCUUCUCCCUCUUCGCUUUCCUUUCCCUUUUCUACCCCCCUCCUAUCCCUUUUCCUACUUCCCCCCUUUCUUAUAGAUCCAUCACUUUUUUUUAUUCAUUCAUUUGGCACACAUUCCUUUUCAUCCUACUCACCUAUGGGUCAUUCGUUUCUGGGAACUGCAAAACCGCGGGAGUAUGGGGGUCCGGGCGUUACGGCGUUGCGAGGAGGGGUAUUGGGAGAAGGUCAUUGGAUUUGGAUUUUGUUUUGUCUUUUUUUGUUUUGUUUUGUUUUGUUUCGUCUUGAACUGUUUUCAUGCGGAGUUUUGGGUUUGGUUUUUGGUUUUGUUCUUGAUUUUGUUUUGGCGUUUGGAUUUUUGGAUUUUUACAAAUUCUGCCUUGAGCAUCGACUCGGCCUUAUUGGGUGGUCGCUCGUUUGAAUUCACCUGUUUCAUUACUCUACUCUUCUGUUUCUUGUCCUGUCGUAAAAGUUCAGGUAGUCUAGUGGCUAUCUUCUGAAGUUCUACCCUUAUGCCCUUGUCAAUAUGAUAGCGUAUUCUUCGCGCCAUCGUAGAAUUUAGGGCUUGCUCCUUUGGGAUUGUUGACAUGAAGGUAAGUGUAGCCAGGUCGUUCUUCUAUAGAGAGCAUAGACAUUUGAAUUUUGAAAUAGAAAUAUGAUUGAGCGGAGAGCGCCUUUUCUGUACAUAUACAAGAACCAAUCUACUUGUGCAUUCCCUUUCGCAGUAGCUAAUUUACUACGAGCGGAGUAAACUCUCGCAGCAAUAGCUAAUCCUCUGCUUCCUCCUCCUCGUCCGAGUCCCGCCUCCGUCUCCGUUCUUCCCUACGCUUCUCUAUAAUCAAAUAGAAGUUGAAUUGGACAGAGGUGUAAUUGAAAUGGAAAGAUGUAACGUUAAGGCACUUAAAGAUGAUCCUUUUUAAAUAAAUGGCUGA